AUUUUAUGUACAUAUAUAUUUCUCUCAUUUCUAUCUAUUAAGAGAGAUACGUUACAUAAUACUGUAAUGACGAUACGUACAUUAAAAGUUUUUUACGUUGUGUGCAAAUGCGCUCUUUUGAUAUAAUUUCCUCAGUCUUAUCUUGGAUGCUCUGGAAAUUCUGGAUACGGUACUCUGCUAAUCCAACCCGCACCGUGGUCGACACUUUUCAAGCUCCGAUAUUCAUAGUUCCUUUUCCCGCCGUAACUCUCUGUCCUCUGAUACAGCCGUUGAAGGCAAGACGUGAUGAGUUAUUGCGACGUUUGCGUUUGCCGCACAACAUGAGUAACCACACAGCAGCUUUCUUGCUUAAAUAUGGGACAGCGUUUACGAGUGAACACGUGCCCGCUGGCAAGUAUUACGUGAACGACUUGAAGGCGCUGUUAAAACUGAACCACAUAAACUUAGUGGAGUUCAUACAACUUCUGCGGCCAUGCGAAGACAUGUUCGAAAUUUGUUACUGGGACAAUGUCAAAACAAAUUGCAGUGAAAUAUUCAAAAUAUCGUACACCUUUCAAGGUGUUUGUUGCUCGUUCAACUAUCUUCUUGAAGAUCUUAUUGAAAGUGGCAACAGGAGUAAGUACGACACUGGUUAUCGAAGAUCCGCUUUGUUCGGCGCGAGAUCGGGUCUUACAGUUAUUCUACACAAGGAUUUGUUAGUGACAAAUGACAGUCUGGGAGAAAACAUCAGAUUUGCAACAAAUUCCGUCGGUAUUGUGAUGUUUGCUCAUCAUCCUCUGGAGUACGUCGGCAGCAUAUCCCCCAGACAAAUUCUACAAGCUCAACAAGAAUUACGGGUUUCUAUAACACCGCUUGUCAAAAAGAAGCUCGACAAUUAUUAUCAAGUCGACAAAACUACCGGCAGAUCAGUUCCGCAUUGCAUAAACGACACUACGUUUCUGAAGUAUUUCCCUUCGUAUCGGUAUCCGAACUGCUUUGUCAGCUGUUCCAUCGACGCUACUGUCAAAAUCUGCGGUUGCGUGCCAUAUUACUACGUGCCCAUGGCAAAGAAAUAUUCUUUAAGACUUUGCGAAUGGGAGGAUUUCGGGUGUCUUUACGACAACAUGAAGUACAUACGCAUCAUCAAGAACUUCAAAACGGAUAACUUUACGUGCGACUGUCAGAAUCCAUGCUGGGAUAUAUUUUACGAGAUACAAACUUCCUCGAUCGUGUUAAACGGUAGACAUAACUUCAAUGUCUCCCCCUUUUAUAAAAAUAUUACGGACGAUCAAGCUGUUCUAAGAGUGUUUCUAAGUUCCGAGACUUACAUCGAAAUGAGUACAAUUCCGAUGGCAGAUGAAUUAUAUCUAUUAGCAUCCAUAGGAGGCAUAUUCAGUCUUUUCGUCGGAUGCAGCUUCAUAAGCGCUAUCGAAAUUUUUUAUUUUUUGUUCAUAUUUUUUCGUUCUUAUACCAAUUCCAAGAAAUCAAAAUAAUCAAGCCGAAGUUUCAUCAACGAAGAGUACCAGGCAUCGUAUACCUACGCAAUAACAUUAGGUAACACGUUUAUCGUCGUAAAGCUCGCUAAGUGAGCGGUUCGAUCGUAUUUUCGUCGAAAAGGUAAUUGCGCGCGAAAUAACCGCUAAUGUUACACGCACAGACAUUACGCACAUCCUUUUUCGAGACGCACCGGGUGUUACGAGCGCCGCAUCAUCACGCGAAACUGGAACGAUUAGAUCUAUUUCGGGCGGGUUACUGGAGCUGCUCGUAACCGCUUUGAGUUCAUGCCCGUGAAAAUAUUUUACUACGACAAGAGUGUCCUACAAUUCGCGCGAGCUUUUGGAGCUUUCAAAAUGAGAACGUUAAAAUGAAUGAUUUACAGCCCCGCUUUCGGUCUCUCCCUCUCUCUCUCUCUCUCUCUCUCUCUGCUUUCAAGGCAUCGUCGUCCGAUUGAUUAUGUAAUGUCACUUUGUAUACGUCAAAAUUUUAAUGUUUUUAAUGUGCACGCACACCUGUUCUUUAAUAUUGGAAGCAAAACGUAGAAGAGAAAUACAUACAUAUGCUCGAAAAUAGUAACGUGCGAAUAUAACGAGUAUUUUCAAUACGGUCAAGUUCGGAGAUGUGUUGAAGAUUUUUGAGACGCAGAAUUCAAAACACUCGAUCUUCCGAAGACCAAUAUACUUUGACUAGUUUCGCGACAAAAAAAAUGAGACGUAUAAACAUAAAUAAGACGGCAGAAAAGAAUCGAAUAUAUUUCGUAAAGAAUGCGAAAGUGGAUAUUUAUAUCUCAAGAGUUUUAUGAAUAAAACAAGAGCGAAGUAAUUCGAUACUUGAGAGCCACGCAGCCUUUAGGAAUCUCUGGGUCUUAUGUAAUAAACUUGAAAAACUUUUAAUAUAACGCGAGGUUUUAAUUGCCGUUUAAUAUUGAAAUGCGUACUAUUCAUGUCGGUUAUUUUCGUGAACGUCAUUGAAAAUAUCGACUUAAUUCUAUAUACGCGAACUUCGAGAGCUGGAAGUGCCGACUAUUUUUGGAGAAACGCCCACACGUCACGGCCAUACUACGUCCAUGUUGUUCAGAGUUUACUUUUCUAUUUGCUGCGCGUGAAACUUGAACUUUGCGUUGGAAUUCACAUUCUAUAAUUAAUCUAUAAUUAAUCUGUAAUUCAAUUUUUUUUAUUUUACGCAGAUAUUGUGUUUCGAAUAUACGUGAAAGCGCGCAGCUUUGUUUUGGAACAAAAAUG